AUGAGACUAGCGUCUGCAUUCUUCCAUUCACAGCAGGAAAAUGACUGCGAUAGAUUUACAGAAGACAAUGGCAAGGGCUUUUUCAACCUUGAAAUUCUCAAGCUCUUGAUCAUCCAUGGCUACAUGGAACCCGUAGCUUCGGAAGUGGGAAUCAAUUCCUGGGAGCUAGCGGCUCAGUGUCACUGCAUGUCCAUGGACUAUGAUGCUGGAUGGAAUAUGCUGUACACGCUCCCAUUAUCUGCAUAUCUUUGUCUGAACAUAGCUUACUGCUUCCCUGAGUCGUGGGACCCAGCUGUAGGCAGAACAGAUGUGAAAGACUACCGUCAUACGAAGUCAUACCAAAUCAUGCUCAGAGACUGCACCGCCCCUGGAACAGCCUCGGAGAUCGUGAGCUAUCCCCAUCGGGAAUUCUUCGGCAUAGCCCACGACCAAUUCAACCAAACCAAUAAGCUAGAUGUUGAUCCUAAGUGGGGAACUAUCAAACAGAGCCACUACGGAGUCCUGCCCAUUGAUGACUUCCUCACUCUGGAGAAUAAAUCGCUUGAAUACAUGCCCCAUGCAUCCGAUGUCGAUGCCGUACAGAGCAUACUAUUACGGCAUUUACCGCCUGAGCUUGCCCUGCCCAUAAUGGAUUUGGCGGGGUAUAAGCCUAAAAGAGCUCUCACCAUACCUGACGACCCGCUUCAUCCAUCGAAUCGAAAGGAGCUCGACGAAUAUUCUCGAGCACUGCUGGCAGAUCAUGGUCCGCUGUCAAAUGAUGUCCAAGGAGAUCGAAGUGGAUGUUGGAGAAGGAGAUGGGUGGAAGAGUCUUGUUUCUUGGCGGAUCUGUGUACUCUGGGAGGCCAAGAAUUGCGAGUGCUACUUUAUGGCACUUUGACGAUGAUCGAGGAGUACAAGAAUUCAUAG